AAAACGACAAAGUAUUAAAAAAACUAUCAACAAAUGAGUGUUCCAAGUAAUCAUCAUGCAUCUAGUCCAUUGUGUAGUGGCAACAAGUCAAAAAAAUCUAAAACCGACAUUUUGCGCACGGCUGUGGGCAUGUACCUGAAGCAAAAAAAUUUUGUGGGAAGUGAAAAAUUUCGCAAAUCCGAAUUGGUGUUGUUGCAAAAUAGAAAAAACUUUGUUUUGCAAAAAAUGCUUGAUUCAGAUUUGCAUGGCGGCAACUCAUUUGUCUUCUCCAAUGUCUUGUGUUUAACCAACAACUAUAAUAUGGUGGAUCAACAAUUUUCAAGAUUUUCUCAAUUUAUAGAAUCUCAAACAGAAGAAGUACGAGGGGAAUUGAAGCGUUUUUAUGCCCCCUUGUUGGCACACUUGUACAUAGAAUUAAUAAAGGGUCGCGAAACAAAGGCAGCCGUAGACUUUUUGCGCAAAUAUUCACACUUAGUGGCACCCGUCGAAACGUACGAAGCUCCUUUUGCCACCAAAAUUAAUGGUUGUUCACUGCCGUCCAACGAUGUUAAUUUGGAUUCUGGUUGGCAACAUUUAAAUAUACGUUUUGCCAGGGAAGCUUACGCCGAAGAAGAUCCGGAGCAGGAUUAUUUUAUGAAAUUAAUACAAAAAAUCUCCGCUUGCCAAAAAUUAGAUACUUUGGAAUUAGAUCCUGAUGUGGCACAAUUCCGUUCUGCCAAACAUGAAAUUCAUACCUGCGAAGCAGUGGUAAAUAUACUGCGAAGAUUUUUAGAGAAAAGGGGACAUGUUUUGAUAUUGAAUUUACUCAACACAUGGAUACAUGUCCACAUAAUGGACCAUGAAAUUCGUCAGCAUACAGAAGAAACAAUCUUUAUAUCACCAGAAGAUCAUCUAGAGGACGAAGAUGAUAGUGAAUUAGCCCCUACACUUAAAAUAAAAACGCAUUCAUCCACAGAGAAGACGCAUUCGUCGAAUAAAAGACCACCAGAAGAGCAACCUGAAAGUACAAUAAAAUCAGAAGGAGAUUCCUUAGAAGGUGGUGCUACCUCCAAUGUAAGAGAUACUAUUCGUAAUGUUAAGCAAUGUUUAAAAACAAUCAAAGAUUCAAGGGAACAAAUUUUUAAAAAUUCUCUUGAGUUUCCUCGUAUUGUUAGAAUUGCCGAUAAAAGUCAAGGUCUUACAUCUGCAGCAUUAGAUCCUCAGGAAUGUCAUUUAGUGGCUGGUUUUAAUAAUUCUCUUAUACAAUUAUGGCAAAUGAAUCAACACUCAAUGCGGGGUAGAAGUCUAUAUGAACGUUUUUCCUCCUCGCACUGCAGUUGGGAAAUGAAUAAUUUUGUUGAGGAAGAUGAGGAUGAAAUCGAAGAAGAUAUAAAGUGUCAGCAUGCAACCAAAGAUCUCCAAAAGGAAUAUUUUCAAGAAAAAUAUUAUCAAAAGAAAUAUAUGGACAACUCAUACAAUUCCUAUGGAGGUGUGAGUUUACGUGGUCAUAGUGCGGGUAUAACAGACAUAAAAUUUUCUACACAUUACCCUCUUAUAUAUAGUAGUUCAAAAGACGGUUGUAUGCGUUGUUGGCGAGCUGAGAAUUUAAAUUGUGGUGGAAUAUAUAGAGGUCACCGUUACCCAAUAUGGUGUAUGGAUGAAAGUCCAGUGGGAAUGUAUGUGGCGACAGGUUCUAAAGAUUUAACAGCGCGACUGUGGUCUUUAGAAAAAGAAUUUCCCCUAAUAACCUACGUCGGGCACACACAAGAUGUUGAAUGUUUGGCUUUUCAUCCUAAUGGUAAUUAUAUUGCCACUGGCUCUGCAGAUUCCUCGGUGCGUUUAUGGUGUGUUACUAGUGGGAAGCUGAUGCGUGUAUUUUCUGAUUGCAAACAACCAGUUAGUAGUAUUUGCUUUAGUCCCGAUGGUAAAAUGUUGGCAGCCGGUGGCGAAGAGUCUAAAAUCCGUAUAUUCGAUUUAGCAGCCGGUUCACAGCUAAACGAACUUAAAGAUCAUACAGCCAUGAUUACCAGCAUAGCUUGGAGUUCGAAUGGCAGACAUUUAGCCUCAGGUUGUCGUGAUGGCAGUUUAAGAGUAUGGGAUGUUAAAAAAUUAACACCCAUGAGCGAAUCUAGUUCGUAUAACUCCUCUUCCUCGUCAUCUUCAUCGACUACAUUGAACCGUUUGUUGGCGUUACCCACCAGUUGUCAACGUUUGGUUAAAGUAUUUUUUACUAAUAAUGAUACUAUUACAUGUCUAGGGAGUUAAAUUAUUCAUAACAUUAGUAUUUUUUUAGUUUUAUACCCAAUUUUUUAAUCGUUAUUUUUAAUGUUUUACACUAAGUACUUUUCGCAGACCUUUCCUAUAAUUGUUUUAUAAAUAAGACUGUUUAUAAUUAUGAAAAAGUAAAUUAAGGAGCAAACUUAAAAA